AUGGCUCCUCCGCCGCCUGCAGCCGUUGCUUGCCCACUCCACUCUCUUCGCGCCGAUCAAAUGGACAUCGACUCACCCAAACCCGAUCAUCACUCUCGUCGCACCUCUCCAGGCUCAAACUCCAACUCGCGCUCAAGCAGCUCUCGUCGUGAAUCGUUUGGCUCCAUCGAGGAAGAAAGCACCGGGAUCGCGCAGUCCUUCGUCGAUAAAGAAAACUCUCCGUCCAAAGGCCAGUCCAACCCCGCCAAAACGGCGCUCAACGUCCAAAGCCCGACCCAGACCCCGGACUUCUGCUGCCCAUGCGGCGGAUUUCUGGGAUGGAAACAGAUCCGCUUGGGAGGCCGGAGAGCAAGCAGGAGCUACAGUGACCUCCGUCUCCUGGGUGGCGGCCAUCAGUCUAGAGGUUGGGCGUGGGAGGAGGCCACCGUGAAGCCCACCCCCACUGUCAAGGAGGAAGAACAACCACCCAAAGAAAGGGGGCCUGCUCCGAUCGAGAAGCUCCCUGCUGAAAUCCUCGACCAGAUCAUCUCUAAUCUAGCAGUUGACAUCCCGCCAAAUGGAUACACGCCACGCAAUAUUGAUUUAAUCUCUUGCCUUUUGACUUCCCGCACCCUUCAUUCUGCGACCCUCAGUGUCUUAUACCGCCACAUCACGAUUCCGCACUCGAUCAUCUUUUCCAAAGCCUUGAAUCACAUCAGGCAGUACCCAUCCCUGGGGACCAUCGUUAGGCGACUCGAUUUCUCCCACUUCACCUCUGUGGGACUGGGCCGAACCCAGCAAAUGAAUCUCGAAAUCCAGAAUUUGACGUCAAGGACGCUCUUGGAGUGCUUGAACCUACUCCCAAAUCUAAAGGAGCUACUGCUACAAGAGCACGUCGAAGAUGAUGUGAACGGCGAUGUCAUGCGAAAGAUCUUCUCUGAUACCCCGACCCUGCGAGCUGUCGACUUUUGUGGUUGCUCUUCAGUCACCUUCUCCUCUGGGUUCGUAGGUGCUGUAACGCAAGACCCCAGUUUCCCACCGCAGCUUCGUACCUUGCGGCGGGUCUCUCUCCACGAAUGCACGGGCCUCCCGGACGAUGCCUUCCAGGCCCUCUUGCCGCGAUUGGUGAAUUUGACCCAUCUCGAUGUUACGCACACUCAGAUCACCAACAAAACCUUGUUCUUGAUUCCACACAGCGCUCAAAUUACCCAUUUGAACCUCUCCCGAUGCACGCGACUGACCGGAUCUGAGGUGGUUAAAUUUUUGACAACGCAUCCCGCUGUCAGCGACACGCUGGUGUAUUUGAACCUGAUGUCAGACGUUUCGCGGCACCGGAUCCUCGAGGAAGAAGAUGUUGAGGCGCUCCUGCCGCAUCUCACAUCCACAUUGCGAUCUCUCAACCUUGGCGGUGCAAAGAUCACAUCUGCCCAAAUGCCAAUGCUCCUCAGGCUAUCUAAACACGUGGAGGAACUCGGCCUCAAUUCGGCGAAUAUUACCGUCGAUGACAUCAAUUCGUUUUUCAAGCCUCGCCCCGCAUCCGGCGAGAAUCAAAUGGAGGUCGAUUGGGUUCGUCCGGAGCUGCGUUACCUUGAUCUCACAAAGAAUCCAUACUUGACCCAAGCAACGCUUCUGAAUCCCAAAUCAUGCCUUCUCGUGACCCAACAGAGCUAUCCCCUGCACGUGAUUGAACUAACUGAACGGAUUAUCACGCCUCUUCGUCAACGGAGCCCCCGGAAUGGUUGGGUGGUGAGAGACUUGGGAAGGCGAGGGUGGUAUGUGCGAGAGCCACCGACGAAUCCGAACGACCUGAAGUUGAUGCCUCGUGACGACGGCAGAAGAUCAUGGAAAAUGGGGGCACGUUGGUGGGGAAUGAGGAAAGUUCCGGUUUGCGUUGGCGAUGUGGGUGGGAUUUACGGCCAUUAUAUGUUUAAGAAGUGA